AUGGAAUCGACGGGCAAUAAGUCUAGUACAAGUACUACAAAUAACCGGCUGCAACGAUCAUGUAGUAAAUGUCGAGUUCGGAAGAUCAAGUGUGACCGUAAAAAUCCCUGCACUUCAUGCAUACUCCGCGGCUGCAAGGAGCAAUGCGAAUAUGCCAGGACAGAUGAGGACCGAUAUCAUAUUGGCCAAGCCAAGGAGAUUGAGGAUUUGAGAAAGGAACUGAAUAGGCUUAAGAGGAGGUUGGAGGAUGGGGAGCAACAGCCGCAAACGCAUUCACAGUCGCAGUCAUAUGGCUCCGGAGCAGGGAGCGAAACUACCGAAGCUGCAGUGACAGAGAGGCCUAGUAAAAGAAGAAUUGUUGAAAAUGGAAAUAUCGCUGAAUUAUGGAAUCCGACUGCUACUACAGCUGUUGCUGGAAUGCCUUACAGUGGGAAUAUUUCGUUCAGUGAACCGGAGAUGGUCCAACAGAAUUAUUGUAUUCCCACAGGGAAACAUCAGCCAUAUCAGCAAUAUUAUGCAGACAACAACAACAACAACAACAACAACAACAACAACAACAACAAUCCCAUUAUAAAAACGGAUCAUCACAACACUAGCCCACCGCAAUACAACCUCAGCCAAAUUCAACAACACCCUCAACCCGACUUUUGGCGCGGGAAACAAAAACAGCUCGAAACAAUCUACAAAAUCGUCUGCGACUGCAACGAGUAUUGGGUUCCUUCCAUCAUCGAUAUUGUUCGGACUAGUAUGUCGCCCGAAGAUGCGAUUGUGUCUAUCAGGCAUCUGUUGAGGAGUGGGAGCAGCAGCCACAGCAAUAUCUAUAGUCAUAGCAACAGCAAUAGCAGCAAUGAUGGAGGUGCCGUCCCAGCGAGAAGCACGACUACGACUGCAUCUAAUUCACGAUCGCCAGACUCGACAUCGUCGAUAGUACCUGUGGAGAUGGACUCUGUGCCUUAUAGUCGUGAAGGAUGUGAUAUGAGAUUUGGGAGGCAUUUGUCGCCGAUAGAUCAAUCUCGUUCUUCGGGCGAGGGGUGA